GUUGUGCCUCCCAAGGGUUAAAACAAACAAGCAUUGCAGUGUUUGCAGAAAUGAAGCUUGUGACUGAGAGACAGACACAGAGAGAGAGAGAGAUCCUGUGUGUGUGUAUAAAGAAAAAAGAAUUUUAAGUACAUAAUAUAAAACAGAUGAGACUUCUGCAGUAUUGAGCUGGGUGGUGGCCUCUAGGAUUCUUAGAAAAAGAGCCAACAAACCAGAGAAAAGAUUUAAGAGGGAGGCAAGAUCAAGGUUGCUGGAAAAGUCUUCCCCCUUCCAAAUUUGCAGAAGGAAAAUUCCACCCUCGCUGGGCUUGGGCGAGGCCCCGUGCCCACAAUAGAUUCUAGCUGUGGAAAAUGACGUGUGCGGACAUGAGGGAUUGCAAUUUCCUUUGGCAGCAAAUCCGUUCUUGCAGAACACGCCCAGCUCUGCUCUCUUCACACACACUCGGAGCUUCUGAAAGACGCUGCAGGUUCUGGGACUCUCCACCAUGUUCCUUGCUCAAGCUUUGCUAGAUGCGGCCACCGGUGGUGGUGGAAAAGGAGGAGGAGGAGGAGGAGGUGGUGGUGGUGGUGGUGGAGGAGGAGGAGGUGGUGGUGCUGGAGCCUUCCUGAAGAACUUGGGAGGUGGUGGAGGCACUGGAGGUGCCCUCAUACGAGGCCUUGGUGGACUCCUGGCAGGAGGAGGAGGAGGUAGUGGUGGAGGAGGAGGAACAAGUGGUGGUGGCGGCGGCGGUGGCAGUGGUGGUAGCAAAGCCAGCAAUGUUAUGGGUCUUCUUGGAGGUCUUGUGAACAUCAUCAGUGAAGCAGCAGCUCAGUACAAACCAGAGCCCCCACCAGCCCCUCGCAGCCAUUUUGCCAAUGUGGAAGCCAAUGAAAGCGAGGAAAUGCGCCAGUUCCGACGACUCUUCACCCAACUGGCGGGCGAUGACAUGGAAGUGUGUGCCACCGAGCUGAUGAACAUCCUCAACAAGGUGAUGGCCCGCCAUCAGGAUCUGCAAUCCGAAGGCUUCAGCCUGGACACUUGCCGAAGCAUGGUGGCUGUCAUGGACAGUGAUGCCACCGGCAAGCUGGACUUUUACCAGUUCAGGUAUCUCUGGAACAACAUCAAGAAGUGGCAGUGUGCCUUCAAAGAGUAUGCUGGCCCGGCAGGGAAAAUUGAGAUGAGGAAUUUGCCCACAACUUUCAAGGCCGCGGGGUUUAACCUCCACGAGCAACUCUACGCCCUGAUGAUCCGUCGCUAUGCCGACGAAGAUGGCAGCAUGGAUUUCAACAACUUCAUCAGCUGCCUGGUCCGUCUGGAUGGAAUGUUCCGGGCCUUCAAAUCCCUGGACCGAAGUGGUGAUGGAAAAGUCCAGAUGAACAUAGAAGAGUGGUUACAGCUUACCAUGUACUCUUAAAACAACAAGGGGUGGUGGAACGUCAAAGCAGUGGUUGGCUCUCCUUGGACCGUACCAUUGAUGGGGGGGGGGUUGAGGGACGAGGGAUAGAUGGAAAGUAAAAUUGCUUCUGUCCAGACUUGAAAUAAACCUUUCUGCUUACAGGGAGUGCUUUUGGGCUGACAGCACCUUGAGAUAUUGAGAUUAGCCAAUGCAUGCCUUUUCUAAGAGCAUUUGCUCAUUGCUUAUGUUUUGUUCUGGUUUGUUUGUUCAAGGCUGUGCCUGAAUUCUGCAAUAGUAUUAAGGUUGCAAACUCAUGUUAGCAAUGUUGGAAGUGCACGGGAACCUGUGGGUUAUUUCAUAGGAAACUGGGAGGAAAACCCAGUGUUUUAUUGCAAAAUAAAAUAUAGCCUGCUCUCCUUAGGUUAGUGGCUAUGUUGUGCAAAAUGAAGCAACUGUUAUUAUCAUUAUUUCAAUUUUUUCCCCACUCUGCUUUAGGAGAGCGUGUUUUGAUCUCCUUUCCUUAUUUUGUUUCCACUAUUGUUCUUAUCCUCUCCUCCUGUAUUGAUAUUUUGGGAUUCGAAGCCCCAAAUAAUCCCUGGUCUUGUUAAGGUAGUUCUUUUUUUUAAAAAAAAAACAAGGAAAGUCUAAUUUACUUUAAUUUACAAAUGUUUCUGUUAUUGAACAUAAUCUGUAAUCUCAGUUAUCCCAGUUGUCCUCAGAUCAUGGAUGGGCACUCGGGAUCCUGACCUCAUUUUUGAGGGAAUAAGAUUAGGCUCUCCCAACUUGUUGGCCUUUAGAUUCGUAUAUCUAGGUUACCAUCAUAGUUCAGUAAUGGUCACUUGGAAAUAGCACUCUGGGGGAUUUGGAAAACAACGUGUUGUGUAAACGCAGCCAAAGGGAGAUGGCAUCUGCAGCUUCUGGGUUAGCAGCUUCUCUCUUGCUUUUGCUGAACGCCGGUUUGUUGUAGAAAGGAAUCAUAGCAAAAGUAGAUCUUUUCCGUCUGUUGUAAAGAAGAGAAAAUAAACUUGGAUUAUAACAAAAAGA